AUGCCGAAUGCAAUUGAUGAAGAUGAUGACGAGUUCCUUUAUGGUUCCGAAAACGAUGAUGAACCCAAACAAUCAACGUCGAUAACGAUAGAACAGGCAGAUGGUGAAAACAGGGAGGAAGCCUCUGGUGAUGAUGAUGACGAUGACGACGAUGAUUCGUCAGAUGGGUCUGAUGACGGAUCGGACUCUGAUGUAGAAUUCAUCAUUGGUUCGACUGAGGCCAAGCCUAGCAAAGAGAUUACCACCGAGACGAAAGAGGAGGUGGCAAGUGGAGAAGCUACUGCUACUGCUGUUGCUACCACCGGAUCUGGUUCCACUAUAAAUGUGGAUGUGAUUGCAGAUUACAAUGGAAAACCAAUUACACAAUUGUCCUGGGACGAACUCAAGGAGAAGCCGUGGAGGUUGCCUGGAGCAGAUGUAUCCGAUUACUUUAACUACGGAUUUGACGAGAUAUCGUGGCUUUACUACUGUUCCAAGCAGGACAAAUUACACGCAGAAUUCAACCCCUCAAAGGUGAUGAGCGAGAUCAUGCAGAGCAAGAUGUUUGUUCCGCCAACGAUGCCAAACAUGGCGGAGAUGGGUGUCCCACCUUUUGGAAUGAUGGGAAUUCCUCCUCAGGGCUUCAAUUUCAAGAACAUGCCCAAUAUGCCCAAUAUGCCUAAUAUGCCUAAUAUGCCUAAUAUGCCCAACAUGCCCAAUAUGCCCAAUAUGCCGCCAAUGGGUAUGAUGCCCAUGGGAAUGCCCAUGGGAAUGCAGAAGGGAAACGGGUACGGGUCCAAUAAUGGACUGCCCAGGAUGCCUGGCAGGACUCCACAGCCGGAUCUACCGCCUGUUCCAAGACCAAUAGACCAGCGAGAGAGGAAUGACAGACAGAUGGAACACCAGACGUCCGGGUCAAGACGAGACCGAGAGCGUUGA